UUGUGAAAUUUGUGAAUGCGCCCUUACAUAUUACUAAAAAUCGCUAGCAUCGCAUAGCCCCUCGUUCUCGUGGUUGUCACUUUAUUCCGUCACCGAUGACAGACAAAAGAUAAAAUAUAAAAAAAAAUAGGAUUCAGUGUUUCUCACUGUGUCCCCUUCGGUCGGAGAAAAUUGAGUCGACCUCGCAGAAAACAACCCCGCAGAACACUCGCUUCCAAUACGGAUGAAAAGUUGAUCGCAGCAAUAACAGCAGCAGCAGUAGCAAGUGGUUAAAAUUUCCAUCAGACAAAGGUCGUCAAAAUUAACAUUUUUUUCGAAAGUAUCAGCCAGCUGGCUGGGUGUUGUGCAGUGAAGAUGCGUGCCCUUGGAAUAUCGGUCAUCAGCCUUGCGCUGACGGGUCUGGUCAUCGGGAAUGCCUACUACCAGAAGAAGCAAUUUUACCCUUCCGUGGUCUACAUCACCAAGUCCAAUCCAAGUAUGGCGGUCAUCUACAUACAAUCGCUAGUGUUUGUACUCAUGCUGGGAAAGCUAAUGAAGAAGGUUUUCUUAGGCACCCUUCGGGCGGCCGAAUUCGAACAUCUAAUGGAAAGAUUCUGGUAUGCGCUCACUGAAACCUGUCUAGCUUUUACCGUUUUCCGAGAUGACUUCAAUCCGAAAUUUGUUGCCUUGUUCACUGUGUUGCUUUUCCUCAAGUCGUUCCACUGGUUAGCCGAAGAUCGUGUCGAUUAUAUGGAGCGUAGCCCGGUAAUUGGAUGGAUAUUCCAUCUGCGAGUGGCUGGACUAUUGGCGUGUUUGGGUGUCCUGGAUUACCAGCUCAUCUCGUAUGCAUAUCAGUCGACGAUUGCCAAAGGAGCCACCGUGCAAUUGGUGUUUGGUUUCGAGUAUGCCAUCUUGAUGACUAUGGUGCUGAAUACGGCCAUCAAGUAUAUGUUUCAUGCCGCAGAGUUGCGGUCCGACACCCCUUGGGAGAACAAGGCAGUAUUCUUACUAUACACGGAGCUUAUUAUCGGAUUUAUCCGUGUCGUACUCUAUGUUAUUUUCGUCAUUCUUAUGGUGAAGAUAUACACACUUCCGCUAUUCGCAUUCCGCCCAAUGUAUUACACGAUGAGAAACUUCAAAAAAGCUCUGAAUGACGUUAUCUUGUCGCGUCGAGCUAUUCGCAACAUGAACACCUUAUAUCCGGACGCAACACCAGAGGAACUUCAGCUGUCGGAUAACAUUUGCAUCAUUUGCCGCGAAGACAUGGUCAGCAACUCGAAGAAGCUACCCUGCGGACACAUCUUCCACACCACUUGCUUGCGAUCAUGGUUCCAGCGGCAGCAAACCUGUCCCACAUGCCGGCUGAACAUUCUGCGAACCCCUAUUACGACGACCGCUGCACCCAAUCCGGUGCAGCCAGCCAACAACGAAGCGGCCAAUUUGGCCAACGCAAACGAAGGAAACCGAUCCAGCUCUGUUGCGGGUGGAACGGCACAUGCGCAACCGAAUGCUUCCAAUUUGAAUGCAACAAACACAACAGCGGUUCCGUUGAUGCCCGGAUCGCCACUGGUACUUCCUCCAAUGCCGUUCAUGGGUAUUCCACCAUAUGCGAUGCCCCUCCCACCGGUGCCGCCCGCUCUGGAAACGCUCACCGAUGAGGAACUGCGUGCCAUGGAAGGAAAUGAACGACAUCACGUCGAAGAACGAAUUAAGCAUCUUCAAAACAUUCGCACUCUGCUGGAUGCCUCAGUGGCACUUAUGAACCAGUAUUCCGCAUUGGUGGCCCGUUUACCUCCAGUUACUGCUCCUGUGGACGCCACCGCGAGCACCAGCCAAAGCUCGGCAUCCGCCGUUACAGCAGCAGAUUUCGCUACCCUUUUAAAUCCACCAGCGACCCUCUCCACCCCAAACCUGCCAGAAGACAAUGCGCCACAACCAAAAAUCGUUUCGACAGUGGCGGCCCAGUUGGAAGAUCUCGGUAGCGAUGAUGACUCCAUCACGAAACUCAACAAAGAGCCUCUGCCGAGCACCGGUGAUGCUUUCUUAAUAACUCCGGAUCAGCAGCAGCAAGCAGUGCCAAGCACUUCGGCGGCGCCAAACAGUAGUAGUAAAAGCAGAAACAGUAACGACGCGAAGCAUGCGGAAAGUUCAGAAAUGAGCGAAAUUCGUCGUAGACGACUGGAAAAGUUUGGUUCCCGGACGAACUCUGAUUAGAGGACUUAGCAACAGCAAUUAAUGAGACUGGUUCGAGUUUGCUGAUGGUCUAGAAUGGGUGAUCUAAAUAGAAAGAAAACAGCUAAACUUUUGUAUUUAGUCAGAUAUUUUCAAUCUACGUUUGCAUUAUGUUCCUACACGAAAAAGGAAGCAAAAAUCAAGGGCUUGUUUUAUUUCCCUUCUGAAAAAGCUUAACAUUUUUUAACCUGUUCCAAAAAUUUUGCAUUUUAGUUUUUUCUUAUGUCGUGCAAACUUGCUAUGAAUAAGGGCGCUCGUUCAGCAUCACUGCACUGUAGCAUUUGUGAGCGUCGAGUUUGCAAACAGUUUAGCUAAGCCUAGUGCUAAGCUAUGUAUCAUAAAAGAAAGAAAAAAAACAGUGAAAUUGAUCAUAUAGAUUGUAAUCAUAUUAGUAACUGAAUAUGACACAAAAAGAUAACGUAGUGGAGUAAGCAGAAGCAAAAAUAUUGUUUAUUUAAAGCGUUCUGGCUAGGGCUGGAAGAGUCGUUCACUAUUUGUAUAUGUAAAUAUUCCUACAUCUCAAUAAAUGUAAAAAAAUAUA